CGUUGAGACUUCUUCUCUUCCCUUCACUGAGAACACAACCGCAGCCGCAGGAGACAACCGGCACCAUUCUGGAAGGAGUGGUUGGGUUCGAUGGAGAAGGAGUUGGUGGAAUUGUACGACGCGGCCAAGAAGGCCGCGGAUUCGUGCAGCUCCGGCGACGGCGAACACGAUGAGAGCCGAUGCAUCGAUGCGCUCGAGCAGCUUAGGAAAUUUCCCGUCAAUUAUAAGAUUCUCGUUAACACACAGGUGGGCAAACAUCUUAAAGUUCUCACUAAACACCCAAGGCAGAAAAUUCGGGCCUUUGCUACUGACCUAAUUGAGAUAUGGAAAGGCAUAAUUAUCAAGGAAACAAGCAAAAAUAAGAAUGGGGGCUGUGAUAAUAAGGUUGAGUCAGCAAAUGGGGAGAGAGCUAAAGCUGGGAAAAUGCAGAAGAGUCCUUCAGUGAAGGUUGAGAAAAGUGAAACUGUCAAGGUUGAGAAAAUUGAUAGGAAUGGUACAUCAAAGUCAACCUUAGACAAUAUAAAGAAGGUACAAAAUGUUGAUGUCAAGACUGAGAAAACUGAUCGUGCUGCAAGCAUCAAGGUGGAAAAGCCGGUUUCUGGAGCUAAGAAAAUAUCAUCCAGUUCUGCCAUUCCCCCAAAGCUAAAAACUAUGAUUAAAUCUAAUGAUUCAGUGCGAGACAAAAUAAGGGAACUUCUCCAAGAGGCUUUAGCCAAGGUCUCUGGAGAGGCUGAUGAAGAUAUGUUGGAAGAGGUUAAUGCAUGUGACCCUAUUCGUGUUGCUGUGACAGUAGAGUCUGUAUUAUUUGAAAAGUGGGGUCCUUCAAAUGGGGCCCAGAAGGUUAAGUAUAGAUCCUUAAUGUUUAACCUUAAGGAUCAAAAUAACCCAGAUUUCCGGAGAAAAGUUCUACUUGGUGUUGUUGAACCAGAGCGGUUGGUCAACAUGAGCACAGCAGAAAUGGCUAGUGAGCAGAGGAAGCAGGAGAAUGAGAAAAUUAAAGAGAAAGCUUUGUUUGAAUGUGAGCGUGGAACCCAACCAAAAGCAACAACCGAUCAAUUUAAGUGUGGCCGAUGUGGGCAAAGAAAGUGCACCUAUUACCAAAUGCAGACUCGCAGUGCCGAUGAACCUAUGACAACUUAUGUCACUUGUGUUGUCUGCAAUAACCGUUGGAAGUUCUGUUAGUGCGGUGGUGACUUCUGAGUCUUACAAGAGCUGUUAUUUGUUACUGAUUUAGGGUAUGAAGGAGCGAGUGUCGUUAUUGUUCCUUAUUGCAGUCGGGCCAAAAUUUUUAAUCAGACUGUUACAUGUAGAAAUUUUUUAGGCAGAGAAGUGUACUUUUUAUUCUUUUUCAGUUUUUUAGUUUUCGCUUUACUGUAGUUUGCUGUAACUUUAUAAUUUCAUCUCUUAUAAAAUUGCACCAAUGUUUUUCUCAGGUUUAUGUCACUACAAUUCACUACAAUUCUUUACCUAUGUAUCCAAUCUAUCCGAUUAUUUUUCCAAAAUGGUCAGGUAGAGCUAGGUUUUAGUCAGAAACAGAACAUCGUUCUAUGGUACUGGCCCUAGUUUUCUUGGUGCAAACCCAGUCAUCCAGUCAUGACAUAUACACUCUACCUGUAGUCCUGUACAUGAUUCUCAUUGGUUAAUUUUGUAGCCCUGCAGCACUCGGCGCUGCAACCUUUUUUGGAGGUAACUAGGUAAGACUGCAAGAUGUUCUCACAUAAUUUCCAUUUGGGUGUCAGCUUAGCUUUAGUUGCAAGGUGUUGCUGUUGAGUAUCGAAUUCUUGCAAUUCAUGAUAGUUCAGAAUAUAUUCUUAAUUGUUUAUAUGAUAUAUUUACUGGAGGCAGAUACAAUAUCCAGCCCCCUUGAGAAGAAAGGGCUAACGUGAAGGUCAAAGACAAGAAUAUAGAUUGUAUUGUAUUUAAAUCGUGCAUAACAGAUUUUCCAUUAUCCCUUUAGCAUAACUUAUCUUUUUAUACAAAAGACAAUACUAUAUGAGUUUAAUAGUAUUUACAUUUGAAUCAAUCAUUAUCAUUCAGCAGUAAAAUAACGCCUUAAAAAAAUUAGUAAUUUAAAUAUGUAAAUAAAUAGAAAACUAUUAGAGAUAGAGCAGAGAAUGCUCAGGUUAAUCAAUCGCUAUUCGAAAGAUGAUUCAAUGAUUUUUCCACCUAGAUAGCUCCCGUUACAGCUGAGUUAAGUGAGUCUUACACUGAUUCCCUUGUAUUUUUCUUGCUAGUUAAACAAAGGUUAACACAGCAAAAACUGCUACGCUACUUUGUUUAUGUUGAUUCCUUACUUCGUAGACUUGACUUACCUCAAGCUCACCCCUCAUGAGAACACCAAGUUUGAAGAGGCAUGAACCAUGGGAUAUAGCAGUACAGGAAUCAUGACAGCACAACCCUAGACCAAUACCAACGGUACUAAACUAACAGAAACAUCAAACCUCAAAAUCUGGCCCUUGUUAUGACUCAAGCUGACAUGUCUAACUACAAUAAUAACAAGGACGCCGAUGCAUUGCCUUCCC